AUUCAGCCAGGGAAGACACCUGGAGAACAAGGUGCAGCCAAGCAAGGAAGCAAGCGAGCAAGCUGGCCAGGGACAGUGGGAGCAGGUGGGUACAGCACAGACUGGCAGCCUGAGAGCAGGAGCAGCGGGGCUUACCCCAGUGGAGCAAGAGGGGGCUGGGUGGAGGGGUCUUUGCAGUUAAGGAAGCCACUGGAGUCUGUUCUGAAGCCUAACUUGAAGUGAAAACCUGACCUAAUAAGAUGCAAGGUGAGGGAUUUGCUUGCAAACUUUUGAAACUUUCUCUCUACCAAACUCAUGAGCUGCUUCUAUUUUAAAAUUGUUCUAGCUCGUGAUUUCCUGAACCUCAGCUUUUGCAUUCAGAGCCCUUUUGGUGCUUUUCAGGGUAUUCGCUUUGAAAAAAAGCUCUGGCAGACCUUCUUUUUGGCUGCUUUUGAAUCCUGGCAUGGCAUGGCUUCAGUCAAGAAAGUCUCUCCAUUUUUUCCUUCUGCAGAGGAAAGUUACCAGCACAAGUGAUGAUUUGUACAAAACAUUACACACACUUCUAAGUGACCUGAUAUCAGGCAAACAGGGAAACCGAAGUGCAGAGUAUCAAAGUAUCAAUAAUUAACAGCAGCUUAACAAAAGACUUCCUCUGUCCUCGGGAUUGAGAUUUCUUUAGUUUGUAGUUUUUUGGUUUGACCAUCGCGUUUCUGUGGCCAUUCAGCACUACAGAAUGAGCAACUGCUGUCAGAAAUACUCCUGGCACACUGACUGGAGUAUCUAAGGGGCAUGUACUGAGUGGCUGCUAUCCAGAACAAGAGCUUUCAGGAAGCUUUUGAAGGAGGAUCACUAAACCUGCUUGACAAAUCAGCAUGUCACAAUAGGCCACAGAGAUGCUUUGAAAUAUGAUGAGUUAAAACCUAAAGAUGGAUCAAACAAGUACAGACACAAAACCCUUCUUUCCACUUUACAAAUAUAAAUCCCCAGUGCAUAACAUUUUUUAAGAAAGCGGACAGAAAUCCACCCUGUGCUCCUCCCUGCUCAUCUUCUACUGCUUGUGGUUCAAGUAGAAAAAAACGUACUUUUGUCAAACUCUGGCAGCUUUCUGGCAUGACACCGCAGAGUAACCUUGUAUGUUACAGGGACUAAAGGGAUUGAACCGUCUUUGCAUGCAGCCUGUGACUUUCAACCAGGUACAAAGAACUCACAUUUUAUUUGAAUAUACUGCUCCAGGUCAAAGAAGUACCAAGCAGACACUCAUGAAGCUGUUAUCAGUAGCUUGUUAUUUUCUAGAUUUCCCUGUUUAGUCAGUCCUCCUGUAAUAUCUGGAAAAAAACCCCAAACAAUUCCUUCAAGUUAGAUGCACCUUUUAGCCAUUUAUGCACCACAGACUCUUGUGGAUGCUUAUGCAAUACAUUCCUGUGGCAAAGAGCUGACAAGAAGAUAUCUGGACCCUUCCCAAUCUGGUUUCAAGCUUGUCAGCAUUGGUCUAAAAUAAGACAACUAACCUGACACAGGCUGAAACCUGCUUUGAGAUGGGCUUGGACAACACUGCCUCUGGAGAACACAGCGAGCCUAAAUUUUUCCAGGAUUUUAAGAUUUUGCGAUGGUCAGGUCCCACUCAGUGCGAGUACCAUGUCGACAAGUAUCUUCAGGGGGUUAUUGGCAAUUACAGGCAACGGUAAUGUUGUUCGUGACUGUUAUUGGAUUUUUAGGUGCUAUUAUUAUCAGCCUCGUUACCUACUGAAAACCUGCUGUGUGUUCAGCCAUCAGCUUUCUGUUGGCAACCUCGGCCUCUUUGACCCUAUGUUGUCUUGCAGCUACGGUUGUUGCAGUGAACUGGACCUCUGGGGCACAUUUCUGCCAAAACUCAGCUAUGCUCUAUUGAUUAUUUGUCUUGGAAGGAGCCAUCUGGAUGAUUAGUGUGGACCAUUUUCUAAACACUGUCUAGAGGCAACACUAGCUGAAAUCCCACCGUGCCAAAGUCACAGCUGCUUUCUCUUUUAAUGCUUUCUGCAUUGCCUUUCCUCCGCCGACUGGAUGGAUGGUUGGGGAAAUGUAAACCAGGGUUCUCCAGGGUGUAUUUCCUGCUGGCUGAGCUAACAAAGUGAUGCUUGUUGAAUUUUUCAUUCCUUUCAGCAUCAUGCUGCACUCCAACCUUUGCAUCCCAAACACCCUCUGGAAGAGCAUUCUGAGCACCCACCAUGUCCACUGCCUUUGCUUCAGCCAAAGGAACAAACUUGACCUGAUGGGGUUGUAGAAACCUUGCCAAGUUAAUGUAGACCAGAACUUCAAGAGCUCUUCACUAUAGUUCCCACUUUGCUUGUUGGAUUUUUACCCUACCAGCUCCCCAGCUACGCAGCACACAACCUUUGGCAUCCAGUAGAUCCCUGGACCAUUGUUAGCGCCUGUGCUGCCUGGAUGAAGGCUUACCCUGUCGUCUACUAUCCGAGCACCGAGAUGCUUUAAAUGGCUGAGCUUAGGCAUAAGACAGCCAGGAUUCUCCCCAAAGUGCCUGAACGAGGAAAAAUAAUACAACCUAUGCUUCUGAUGAGAGCCACUCAGCCAUCCAAGCAGCGGUUUCAGAGAAGUAGCUGAAAAUCAGGGCAGAACCAGCCAAACUGCACAAACGCUUCUGCAUCUUUCCUUCUGAUCACCCCCUGAGUUUUUAAUGCACAAACCAAACUGGAAAAUGAACACGUUCCCAUUUGUUAUUUGGUUUUGAGACAUCAAAUGAAACAACAGUGCAAUACUGUCACAACCACACUCACAAUUAAACCCAGGCUGACUGAAUGGCACGUGCCUACUGCUCAGUAGCCUUUAUAGUAUUAUUUCUUUAUAUAAACAUACUUUCAGCUAAAGAAUGCAGCAACAAAACAACAGGUGAAAAUAUUGUUUGCACAAACUUCAAACAAGCAGCAAGUCCUGAUGAUUAAACAGCAUAUGCAAAGAACCAAGUUAUUUUUAGCACAAGAGCAGUAAAAUACUGAGGUGACAGAUUAGUUCAUACUAAAAUUAAACUACAGUUUCAGUGAGGUCUGCCCAUUUCAUAAGUUUGCCAGGAUAAGCAUCACAUCCACAAGCUACAUGUGAGAGAAAAAAAAUAAUAGAGGGAUGUAGCAGGCAAAGGACAUACCACCCCUUCAUGAUGCACAGGCCCAUGCCAAUACAUAAACCUAGCAGUGACCACUUCUCCCCUGCCCAAUUACUGCCACAUUCUCCUUGAAUUCCUUCCAGUGAUGGUUUUCCAGGGCCGAAAGACAUUAAAUCUCAUUACCCAAAGGCAACUGCUUGCCUGCGCUUUCUAGCCAGCAUCCUCAGUACGUUUUGGUCAUGUACAGCAUUUCCCCUAUAUCAUGAGCAGGGAAGAUUCAGGGAGAAGAGAUCCAAAGACAUGUAGAGGGGGGCUGGAGACCAGCUGAAUUAGGUCACACUUGCAUGUCCUAAACACACAUUCCUCCCUUUUCCGCACUGGUCCUUUGCAUUCCUCCCUUGCUGCCUGCCCCUGGAGAUAACAGGUUUCCUUGGUUUAUCGCAGCCUCCUUACCGCCCUCCCUUUCCUGGUGUUUUCUCAUCAGCGGGUCCUAUAGUGCCACUGUGGUAGCCCUGGCCUUUGCUGCUGGAAGUGGGAAGAGGAGGACACCUAGCCCUGUGGCCCUGCAGCUUGCUCCGAGCCAGGGCCAUGACUCCUGAGCAAGGAGGAUGAUGAGGAACGCUGGCUCCCUGCUGUAGAGUAUAUAAGCCCCAUGCUUAUUUUUACAUUGCAGGGAUAUAACAAUCCUCCUUUCCUGGGGACACGGGCUAGGCUCUGGCAGUAACUUUGCUUUUGUCCUCCUAAGGUUGAAUUAGGGAUCUCUAGUAAUAAAAAUAAACACCAUCCAACCUUGGUAACACUCGCAUCUUUUCUCUAAAUUUUUGGUUUUACUAGAGUGCCCCAGUGGAGAAGCUGCAGAUUAAGCUCACUUUCUACAUGGUCCCUGAGGCCUCUGCAAACAGCAUCCACUUUCACUGCUCUCAACUACCAGCCUACGCUCCCAGCUCAAGCCUGGUCCCGCUUCCAGGUCUUCUCCUUGAAACGUUUUAGUACUUCUGUUCGCAUUGCUCCAGGAUGUCCACACACCUGUCACUGCCCAGACCUGCCAUGUAACUUCCAGCUUUCAUCAGGAAAGGGAUUGCUUUAGCUGCAGAGGCAGAUCACGAUCUUCCAAAUCUGUAAUGGCAGUAGCUGCUUUGACCCAAAUCUGUAAAAAACAUGAUUCAAUCAAGGAAGAGGUAAAAACAAAGCAAAAACUUCUUCCCCAAAGUAAAAUUCACUGGUUUAAGAACUCCUGUUUAUCUCCAUUAACACUGCACUUUCUUAUUUCAGUCUUUUC